CUUCCGGUGCGCCGCCAUUGUUGCCUUGGCCAACGUGAAGAGUUCGUUUAACGCGCCGAAAGUUUACAUUUCUUUCGGGUUGUUAACGUUUGAAGAAGAACCUAUAGAAUUUAUUUCUAAAUAAUUUGUAAAUAAUGGCGUACAGAGGACAAGGACAGAAAGUCCAGAAGGUUAUGGUGCAGCCCAUUAACCUUAUUUUCAGGUAUCUACAGAAUCGAUCCCGUAUCCAGGUGUGGCUUUAUGAGCAGAUCAACAUGCGGAUAGAAGGCUGCAUUAUUGGCUUUGAUGAGUACAUGAACUUGGUUCUGGAUGAUGCAGAGGAAGUGCACAUGAAGACCAAAAACAGGAAGCCUUUAGGGAGGAUCAUGCUGAAAGGAGACAACAUCACGCUGCUGCAAAGCGUCUCAAAUUAACUUCGUGUGGAUUUCAUGGAGCGAUGAUGGAACAUUGUUUGUUUAUUUCGAUAUUCUUGGGUUCAUUUGUUGGCUUUUGACUUGUUUCUCAGAAGUGAUUAUCAUGCAUCAUUUUCUAAUCAGGUGCCAUUAAAGAAUGUUUUUGUUUAUUUA